AUGGAAGAAAGCGAAGAUGUGCCAAAAGAUUUUAUCAAGCUCAAGUCUGAAAAGCUCUCUGUCGAUGAAGUGUCAGAGCUGGUUGUUUCACCAUACUGUGGGGCAGUGUCUCUGUUCAUUGGUACUACAAGAAAUAAUUUUGAAGGGAAAAAAGUGAUUAACUUAGAAUAUGAAGCGUAUACUUCAAUGGCAGAGACUGAAAUGAAGAAAAUCUGCAGAGAUGUUAGACAGAAAUGGCCUUCAGUCAAACAUAUUGCAGUGCACCAUAGACUUGGUGUGGUUCCAAUAACUGAAGCAAGUGUAAUUAUUGCAGUUUCCUCUCCACACAGAGCAGAAUCCCUUGAAGCUGUAAUGUACUGCAUCGAUACCUUAAAAGCAUCUGUCCCAAUAUGGAAAAAGGAGAUUUAUGAGGAUGAGUAUUCUUGGAAAGAAAACAAGGAAUGCUUUUGGGCAAAUUCAGAAAAAUAAUUGUACUUUUUUGAAAAUAAAGUGUUACUCUUCCUAAUGA